AUGUUUAAAUCAACGAAAUCAUUUCAUUUGAUGUUCAAACUGAUCGCGAUUUCAUCUAGUGUAGGACCAACCUUCGAGGAACCGAGCCAAUACAAACGUAUUUUCGACUGUGACGGUAGGGAUAUCUGCUACUUGGGAACCACGGAUCUAUUCCUUUACGAUCUAUCCCAAUACGAUCCAUUAAAAAUUUUAAUCCAGUGUUCGUGGAUUUGUUCCGGGAAGGAUUGGUGCAGAGGAUUCGAUAUCCGGUUUGAUAUCGGUAUGUGUGGUCUCUAUUCAUCGCUUCCAUUUAACAAGUACUCCGGCGAGAAAUGUGCUCUCUAUCUUGAUACAAAUAAUUCCAGAUCUUUCCUCAUGCAACUUUUAGAAGCCGACACGGUCAGCGUGUAUGUUGAUGGGAUUGCAGUUGAACCCGUGAACGCCACGCGAAGCACCAUCUUCGACGCGUCCAUAGGUAGCAAAUUAGUGGCUCUGGUUAAUUAUUUGAAUCCUGCCAAGUCUGUAACCUCAUCAACGAGUUAG